GGAGGCGCGAUCUACUUAGCACGUGAUCCUGACAGAGAUGGGCCGCAUCUGGUCAGCAAUGUCUUCUUCGCCCGCGCCCGUCGCUGAGGACGGGCAUGAACGCUCGGUGACCGUUCUCUAUGCCACGGAGACAGGGACAGCGCAGGAAGUUGCGGACAGAAUUGCUGCGCAGUGUCGUCGCAUCCACGUACGAGCUCGGGUGCAUAACCUGGAGACAUACACACCGGACAACCUCAUCUCUGAGGACCUCGUCCUCUUCUCCGUUGCAACGACCGGGUCAGGUCGUGAGCCGAGGGCCCUCACGCCCCUAUGGAACUUGCUUCUGCGCUCAGAUCUGCCACGAGAUCUCUUCGAAGACCUCUCAUUUGCCGUAUUUGGCCUCGGCGAUUCUGCGUACGAGAAGUUCUGCUGGCCUGCGAAGUUGCUGUCUCGAAGGCUCGUAGGCCUCGGAGCGGGAGAAAUAUGCGCACGUGGUGAGGGCGACGACCAACAUCAUCUCGGGAUAGACGGGGCAUUCGAGCCGUGGCUUCACAAACUGAGCGAAGCAAUCCUAGAGUUAUACCCCUUGCCACCUAGCGUGAAAGUGCAAUCCGCGGAUGGUCUACCUCCCGCCCGAGUGUCGAUCACAGACGCUGGUGCACAGACGCUGACUGCAUGUCCAAAUCCUCUCGAUGACGAUCCUCAGCACUACACUGCGACUGUCUCCUGCAAUCGCCGCAUAACAGCUGAAGACUGGUAUCAGGACGUCCGGCAUUUUGAGCUCAACUUCGAUCAAGACAUCCGAUAUGAACCAGGCGACGUAGCAGUCGUCCACCCAGAAGCUCAGCCUGCAGACGUAGACGCCUUCCUUGUGUCUGUCGGAUUUGAUAGCACAGCUGACGACCCCAUCACUAUCACGCAUAUACUUCUAGACCAAUCGUUACCUCAGUUCCUCCCGCCUACGACCACUCUCAGGACGCUGUUCACGAAACAUCUAGAUAUUAGCGCUGUUCCCCGUAGAUCAUUCUUCGCAUUGCUUAGACAGUUUGUGUCCGAUGAGCUUGAAGCCGAGAGGCUAGAUGAAUUCCUCAGCGAGGAAGGCGCGGACGAACUGUACGAAUAUUGUCAAAGACCGCGAAGGAUGAUCCGCGAAGUCCUGGAGGAGUUUCGAUCCGCAGACAUCCCUCGUGAAUACAUAUUCGACCUAUUUCCUCCUAUACGACCUCGACAAUUCUCCAUUGCGAGCUCAGUUAAGCGUCAUCCGCGGCAAGUCGAUCUCUGCGUAGCGAUUGUUCGAUACAAAACUAUGCUCCGAAUACCUCGGCUGGGGCUCUGCACUGAUUACAUGUCGCGGUUGCAGCCAGGCGAUAAGUUGCCUAUCGGCCUCAUGAAAGGCCUAUUCAGCCUACCUCAAGACGGUGCGACACCCAUCGUCUGCGUCGGACCUGGUACAGGUGUUGCGCCCAUGCGUUCGAUUAUUGAAGACAGAACGUAUGACGGUUUCUACAACAACACCUUGUACUUCGGGUGCCGUUGCGAGUCGAAGGACCAGCACUACGCGGCCGAAUGGCACGCAUACGAAGAGAGCGGCUCUCUGACAUACCGCACGGCGUUCUCGCAGGAUGUCCCAGAAGGCACACCGCGAAGGUAUGUGCAGGACGUCAUGCGCGAGGACUCGCGGAGUAUAUGGAGGCUGCUCGGCGUAGAGGGCGGCUGGCUGCUAAUCUCGGGGUGAGUAAAAUACACAUUUUCGAAUCUAUGGCGUCAUCUAAGGAAAUGCGAAUCGUCACAGCUCUGCGAACAAGAUGCCCGCU